UGACAGCUCGGCGACGCACCGCAACAGGCUCAUAAAAUACAAUGGCAAAUGUUAGUGCUUUUGUCAGAAAUAAACUACACUAUUUAACCAACGUCUUUAGAUACUGGGGCGACUUUUUAUUGGACUGUUGAGGAAUGCUAAGCAGAGGAAAAGGUUCUUUUGGCUAGUUUAUCUACUAGCUGCAGCAGCUCUUCUCUGUGUUGCUAGCUGGUUAGCUCCCACGGCUAACGAAAGUUGCUCCAUGGCGAUCUAUGGGCUGAACAUUACCAUAUAUAGACCGGCCACAGAGCUCCCUCGCCGGUGAAAUGUAAACGGUGACUCGCUGAGAAGGCUGACUAAAGGGCAAGCAAGAACAAAACUCAGCCUAAAAGAAAAAACACUAGCGCGCUAGCUUCAUCAUGUCAUCUGACCAGAUUAUUGCCAUCGUCAUGGAUGACAAAAUCUACGAGGUGAAUAAAAAGAAGCUGAUAGAGAAGAGCGACUACUUCCGUGCUCUGUACAGCUCUGGUAUGAGGGAGUCCACAGAGGAUUCUGUGCAGCUGCAGGGACUCAGCGUCCCCGGACUGGAGCUGGUCCUGGAGUUCAUCAAUACCUCUAAGGUUCAGGUUGUCAACGAGACCCUGGAGGACCUGAUUGAGACCGCCUCCUUUUUACAGGUCACCUCCAUCCUCAAGCUCCUCACCUCGGAGAUCCGGCUGGACAACUGCGUGGAGCUGUACAGCCUCUCUGAAGUUUACGGUACUCAUGAUCUGCGCAAUGCUUGCCUCAAAUACAUGAGCUGCUACUAUCAUCCCAUGCUGAGGCGGCCAGAGUUCAGCAGCCUCCCCUCUGCUGUCAGAGACCAAGUCAGGGACAUGCGAAUGAAAGGCACCGCCACCCUUGUAGCCAUCGGAGACUUCACCUGCCUGUCCCUGGACGUGCCCGAUCAGGAUGAACCCUGGUCCAUGCUGAGGUAUGGAGAGGUGGAGCAGCGCUGGAAACCGCUCGCAAACAACCUGCCUCCAGAUAUGAUCAAUGUGAGAGGAUAUGGCUCAGCUGUCCUUGAUAACUACCUGUUCAUAGUCGGUGGAUACAGGAUGACAAGUCAGGAGAUCUCUGCGGUGCACUGCUACAACCCAUGUAGGAAUGAGUGGAACCAGGUGGCUCCGCUCAACCAGAAGAGGUCCAACUUCAAGCUGCUGGCAGUACAAGGGAAGCUGUACGCUGUAGGAGGUCAGUGUCUGGGCACAGUGGAGUGUUACAGCCCAGAACAGGACUGGUGGACCUGUGUGUCCUCGAUGCCCGACCCGCUGGCUGAGUUCUCUGCCUGUGAAUGCCAGGGGAUGAUCUACGUCAUGGGUGGAUACACUGCAAGAGACAGGAACACGAGCGUCCUCCGCUACAACCCCACCUCCGACACCUGGACCGUGUUUCGGACGUGUUCGGCGCACAUCCGCAAGCAGCAGAUGCUCUCGGUGGAGGACACCAUCUACCUGGUUGGCGGCUACACCCAUGAGCUGGAGGCGGACCGGAGGCAGCGGCGUCCCAACCAGACGGAGGACGUGCUUACGGUGCAGUCCUACAACGUCACCACGGGGGAGUGGAUCCAGCUGAAGGAGAACACGUCCAAGUCGGGCCUGAACCUGACGUGCACGCUGCACAACGACGGCAUCUACAUCAUGAGCCGGGACGUCAGCCUGCCCACCAGCCUGGAGCACCGCGUCUUUCUCAAGUACAACAUCUUCUCCGACGCAUGGGAGGCCUUCAGACGCUUCCCGGCUCUGGGACAGAACAUGCUGCUCUGUUCGCUUUACCUCCCCAACCUGCUAUGACUGAGAGCGCUGAUGGUUCAGUGAACACUAACAGUUAGUGGAGCCCAUGCAGCAUUAAUAUAGGCCAGUGUGUGGCUUUGCUUGUUCUUGCACAGAAUGGGGCUGUAGUGGGAGCAGUGUCUGGUUGCCAGGUUGAACGCCUCGUGACCUCUGUGCCUCAAAAACAAAACGCACUACAUUGUACAUACUGCUGUGGAUGCAAAUACAAAAGCUACUGUGACAAGUAUGAAAGUGAUGAAGCGCCAUGGCCCAUAGGUCAACAGCAUCAUAGCAGCUAGCCCCAGUUUGUGCCUCUCAUGUGGUAACAUUAAAGAUACAUUCAAGACUGAGAAAUGACCUGGAAAGUCUGACAAACCCAGAAUGUUGUGAGACGACACUAACUGCUGCUCUGAAGGAAUUGCCAGAAUCUGCAAAGACUCUUUCAACCAUCUGGAUGAAAAGCUACUUCAUCUGCUGCACAAUUAGAACUAUUUUUCACUUGUUUCCCAUCUUGCUACUCUCGUUCGGAAGCUGCUUAAAAAGCUUUUUUAUUGUGCAGCUGACAGAAUAUUUUUUCAUCUAGAUGGUUAGAGGAGUCUUUUAGGAUCUGGCAUAUAUCUUCAGAACAAUAAUUAUUUUUCAGAAAAAACAGUUGGUCACCUAUGAAUGCUAACACAUGAGGGGCACAAACUGGGGCAACGUAACAGCAUGCUUUUAAAUCUAUGGGCCACAAUAUUCUUGAUGUUUACACACCAAAUAUGGCAUUGGCGUACAUGUUUAUCCAUAAUUCACGACAAACCUUAAAAUGCAUUUCUUGUCUUUAUGUACUGUACAUAGCAGAUACUAAUCAUGAAAGAUGGCUUUGGUUUUACACUGCCAGUUUUAUGGGAAUUGAAGCUUCCUUGAAAGCUGUUGUUUCGGGUGAGAUGUGGCUCAGAGGGAGCUUAAUGUGUUGUUAUAUGCACACUUGCACAGUCUUAUUUUCCAGAGAUACACUAAACAAAGCUUAAAGCGCAAUUCCAUGACAUGAACGAUGCACAUGUGCCUUCUGCAACCUCAGUUAAUAGGAACUUGAUAAAAAAAAAAAAAGAGCACAAAAUGCAAGACUUUGUUAAAUUGCCAGCAACUGACCAAAACUGCUGUUUUAGUUUUUCCUCUCUGGUAAAGCUGAUUUUCUUUCCAUUAAGGAGUUUUUCAGUUCCUUGAAUAAUUUUUUGGGAUGUGCAGAUAUGAGAAAGGAGCCUCAAAGCAGAAUUUCUAAAACUCUUGAAGUUUUGGGAAAGUGCAGCACUUAAAAUGUUAGACAUGGUGGAUUUGAGAUUCUCUCUGCAGUACUUUUGUUUGACAGUUUGGAAAUCUAGGUCAGGAUAAUAAAGAUGACGUUCAGGGGUCUUUUUGGCUGUUUGUUCUUUAAUUCACCAGCUUAUAUUGUCUCGUUUCUCCAUAUUCUGCUUG